AGGCGCGGCGACAGUAGCAGCAGUAGCAGGGCUGGCAGCGGGCGGGGCGGCGAGCGCAGCACUACCGCCAGGAGCACCGGCAGCAGGAAAUACUGGAUAAAUCCCACAAUGGAAGACGGGAAGCCCGUUUGGGCUCCACACCCAACUGAUGGGUUUCAGAUGGGGAUGAUUGUGGACAUUGGCACCGACAACUUAACUAUUGAGCCCUUGAAUCAGAAAGGCAAGACCUUCCAGGCUGCUAUCAAUCAAGUGUUUCCUGCAGAGGAGGAUAGCAAAAAGGAUGUAGAAGAUAAUUGUUCCCUGAUGUAUUUAAAUGAGGCCACUCUCCUUCACAAUAUCAAAGUUCGGUACAGUAAGGACAGAAUUUACACCUAUGUAGCCAACAUUCUUAUUGCAGUGAAUCCAUACUUUGAUAUACCUAAGUUUUAUUCUUCAGAUACUAUUAAAAAGUACCAGGGUAGAUCGCUUGGAACAUUGCCACCACAUGUUUUUGCCAUUGCUGAUAAAGCAUUCCGUGACAUGAAAGUGCUCAAGAUGAGUCAAUCCAUCAUAGUCUCUGGAGAAUCAGGAGCUGGCAAGACAGAAAACACUAAAUUUGUUCUGAGGUAUUUAACAGAAUCCUAUGGUAGUGGCCAGGAUAUUGAUGACAGAAUUGUAGAAGCAAAUCCCCUGUUAGAAGCCUUUGGAAAUGCAAAGACUGUUCGCAACAACAACAGCAGUCGUUUUGGGAAAUUUGUUGAAAUCCACUUCAAUGAAAAGAACUCGGUGGUUGGUGGAUUUGUAUCACACUACCUUCUGGAGAAAUCUAGGAUCUGUGUGCAAGGCAAAGAAGAGAGGAAUUAUCAUAUCUUUUACAGGCUUUGUGCUGGUGCUCCAGAAGACAUUAGGGAAAAACUAUAUCUAAGCUCUCCUGACAACUUCAGGUAUUUAAAUCGAGGCUGUACCAGAUUUUUCGCUAACAAAGAAACGGACAAACAGAUUUUGCAAAAUCGCAAGAGUCCUGAGUAUCUUAAAGAAGGUUCCUUGAAGGAUCCACUGUUAGAUGAUCAUGGAGAUUUCAACAGAAUGUGCACAGCAAUGAAAAAGAUCGGACUGGAUGAUGAAGAAAAACUUGAUCUUUUUAGAGUAGUGGCUGGUGUCCUUCAUCUUGGAAAUAUUGAUUUUGAGGAAGCAGGGAGUACAUCAGGGGGCUGCACGCCGCGGGCGCGGAGCCAGCCGUCGCUGGAGCGCUGCGCCGCCCUGCUGGGCCUCGACCAGGACGACCUGCGCGGGAGCCUCACUACGCGCGUCAUGCUCACGACGGCAGGGGGCGCCAAAGGCACGGUCAUCAAGGUGCCCUUGAAAGUGGAACAAGCAAACAAUGCCCGUGAUGCCUUGGCUAAAACAGUGUACAGUCAUCUGUUUGACCAUGUAGUGAAAAGGGUAAACCAGUGUUUUCCAUUUGAGACUUCUUCUUUCUUCAUUGGAGUUCUAGAUAUAGCUGGUUUUGAAUACUUUGAACACAACAGUUUUGAACAAUUCUGUAUAAACUACUGUAAUGAGAAACUGCAGCAGUUUUUUAAUGAAAGAAUUCUGAAAGAGGAACAAGAACUUUACCAGAAAGAAGGCCUGGGGGUUAAUGAAGUGCGUUAUGUAGAUAAUCAGGACUGUAUAGAUUUGAUUGAAGCAAAAUUAGUAGGUGUACUGGAUAUUUUGGAUGAAGAAAAUCGUCUUCCCCAACCAAGUGAUCAGCAUUUUACUUCAGUUGUGCACCAAAAACACAAGGACCAUUUCAGGCUCUCAAUUCCUAGGAAGUCUAAAUUGGCUGUUCACAGAAAUAUCAGGGACGAUGAAGGCUUUAUUAUCCGACACUUUGCAGGAGCAGUAUGCUAUGAGACGAUGCAAUUUGUGGAAAAAAACAAUGAUGCUUUGCACAUGUCCCUUCAAUCUCUUAUAUGUGAAUCCAAGGACAAGUUUGUUCGAGAGUUGUUUGAAGCUAACACUAACAACAACAAGGAUCCCAAACAAAAAGCUGGGAAACUUAGUUUCAUCAGUGUGGGAAACAAAUUCAAGACUCAGUUAAAUUUGCUUCUUGAGAAGCUUCACAGUACUGGGUCUAGCUUUAUUCGCUGUAUCAAACCUAAUUUAAAGAUGACAAGUCACCAUUUUGAAGGAGGACAGAUCCUCUCUCAGCUUCAGUGUUCAGGGAUGGUGUCAGUUCUGGAUUUAAUGCAAGGUGGUUUCCCUUCACGAGCUUCAUUUCAUGAAUUAUAUAAUAUGUACAAGAAAUACUUGCCUGAAAAAUUGGCUCGACUGGACCCUAGGCUUUUUUGCAAAGCACUAUUUAAAGCCUUGGGACUGAAUGAAAAUGAUUACAAAUUCGGGCUAACCAAGGUGUUUUUUAGACCUGGCAAGUUUGCAGAGUUUGAUCAGAUAAUGAAGUCUGAUCCGGAUCACUUGGCAGAGCUGGUUAAACGAGUGAAUCGCUGGCUUAUCUGCAGUCGUUGGAAAAAAGUUCAAUGGUGUUCUCUCUCAGUGAUUAAAUUGACAAAUAAGAUAAAAUAUCGAGCCUGUGCCUGCAUUAAAAUACAAAAGACUAUUCGUAUGUGGCUUUGCAAGAGAAAGCACAAACCACGCAUUGAUGGCCUGAUAAAAGUGCGUACACUGAAGAAGAGACUCGAUAAAUUCAAUGAAGUAGUAAGUGCCCUGAAGGAGGGAAAAGCAGAGACAAGCAAGCAGGUCAAGGAGCUGGAGUAUUCUAUUGAUGCAUUAAUGAACAAAAUUAAGACCACUAUAAUGACUAGAGAACAGAUACAGAAAGAAUAUGAUGCUUUAGUUAAAAGCUCAGAGCAGCUUCUGAGUGCACUGCAAAAGAAGAAGCAGCAAGAGGAGGAAGCGGAGAGGCUACGACGCAUCCAGGAGGAAAUGGAAAAAGAAAGAAAGAGACGUGAAGAGGAAGAACAAAAACGAAGGAAGGAAGAAGAAGAAAGACGUCUCAAAUCUGAGAUUGAGGCAAAGAGAAAACUGGAAGAGGAAGAGAGGAAAAAGAGGGAAGAUGAAGAAAAGCGUAUUCAGGCUGAAAUUGAAGCUCAGCUAGCUAGAGAACGAGAAGAGGAAACCCAGCACCAGGCAGUGCUUGAGCAGGAACGUCGUGACCAUGAACUUGCAAUGAGAAUUGCCCAGAGUGAAGCAGAACUCAUCAAUGAUGAGGCUCAGCUUGAUUUAGGAUUGCGCAGAGCCAAUGGAAGAAAGCCACAAAUGACUGCGGAACAAAUGGCCACAGAAAUGUCAGAAAUAUUGUCUAGGGGUCCUGCAGUGCAAGCCACAAAAGCUGCUGCUGGUACUAAGAAGCAUGAUCUCAGUAAGUGGAAAUAUGCAGAGCUUCGCGACACAAUCAAUACAUCCUGUGAUAUUGAACUGUUGGCAGCUUGCAGAGAAGAGUUCCACCGAAGGCUAAAGGUGUAUCAUGCUUGGAAAUCCAAGAAUAAGAAACGCAAUGCAGAAACAGAACAGCGUGCUCCCAAAUCGGUCACAGACUAUGAUUUUGCACCAUUUUUGAGCAACUCAACACAACAGAACCCAACAGCCCAGCUACCGGGUAGACAGCAAGAGAUUGAAAUGAACAGACAACAGCGUUACUUCCGCAUUCCCUUCAUCCGCCCCGCGGACCAGUACAAAGACCCCCAGAAUAAGAAGAAGGGUUGGUGGUAUGCACAUUUUGAUGGGCCAUGGAUUGCUCGACAAAUGGAACUUCAUCCUGACAAGGCACCCAUUCUCCUUGUAGCGGGUAAGGAUGAUAUGGAUAUGUGUGAGCUUAAUCUUGAAGAGACUGGGUUAACCCGAAAGCGAGGUGCUGAAAUUUUGCCAAGACAGUUUGAAGAAAUUUGGGAGCGCUGUGGAGGUAUCCAAUAUCUUCAAAAUGCAAUUGCAAGCAGACAAGCUCGUCCUACGUACGCUACGGCGAUGCUGCAGAACCUGUUGAAAUAAAUGGGCAUUUUGCACAGUAGCAUUCGAUAUGAGAACCCUUGCCUGUGAUACAAAGGGAAGAGUUCCUCUGGGCAACAGAGGACGUAAACAUUCUAUAAUCAUAUUAGAGAUGUUUAAUAUAAAGUGAACAGAUUUUAUUAAUCACAUGGUUUGUUAAUUUGUACUUUAUGAUGUUUGAUUUGUGUAGUGAACUUUACUAGGCAUGAGGACCUUGAAGAAACUUCAGUCAGUGUAGUUUGUUGCAUUUUGUUUAUAUGUUUUAUUUUCUUUAACAGUUUCUGUUAGAACUCUUAACACUUCUAAGCAAUCUGUCUUUACUCGGGUACAUAUUAAAAAGAACUGCAUUGCAACCACCUUUUUAUAAAAUGCCUGCUUCAAAACACUGAGUAGUUGGCUUCAAGUGGUCUAGUAAAGAGGAAAUGCUAUUUCUAAUAACUGGAAUUGUGAGGCCUUAGCUUUGACUUCUGUUACGGAGAAGUUGGAGUAUACUUUUAUAUAAUCUGAGACAUUUUAUGUCCUGAAAUGCAAACUGGUUAGUGUCUGUAUUUAGUAACCUUUCUUUUUUCAGAACCUGAUGGGAAAUCCUCUUAAACUUGAGACCCAUAAAUUCGUAUUUAAUUCAUUCUCUGUCUUGGUUUAAGAGAAAUGGUUUUCUGUACAUUCUGAGAAGAGCAUUCAUAUAUGUCAAUAUAGUGUAAUAUUGGAGGUCCUCAAAGAAUGUACUGGUCAUUAGGGCUUAUACCACUUCUUAGUUUCUUUCUCUUUUUUCUGUUUCAGAACAAAUUUGCUUUAGACUUAUUUUUCUGACCACAUUUCCAUUGGGAACUCUUGGACAGUUUGUUUAGCCAGGUAGUGUAAUUUCAAAAUAUUAUGCAAAAUUGUCCAAGCCUUGUAUCUGGAGGUAUAUAAGAUAAAGGAUAGGAUAAGGGAAAUACGUUCAGCUUUUUGAUGUCAGUAUAACUUCACUGAAUAUUGAGGCCUGAGUCUCAGACAUUGUGUUUAUUUUAAUUGUAACAAGAUAUACAAGGUCUCUACCUUUUGUUAGAGUGUGUAAAACAUUGAUCUAAUAACAUAAUGCAUCAUCCUAAUACUAUGUGCUAAUUAAAUAGCUACAAUUUUUAGUGUACUGAAAUAUCAUAGUGAUUUGGACACUACUCUGAGCUUUGUCAUAAUCUCUUCUGUCAAGUUUCAUAGCUUGUAACAGUUCCCUUAUUAAGCAGUUUGUUUUGGGAGUUUUUGCGGGUGGGAAUCGUUAAUUUCAUACAGUUUUAAGAUGCAUCUCUUUCACUUAUGUGAACAUUGUUUUACUAUGCUGGCCAUUAUUUCCACAAAUUAAACUUGACUAUAUAUUAUCUCUCUAAUAGGAAUUCAAAAUAUAAGUAGCUUGAUGUCCAAUUACUUAUUUAACCUGAUUCAAAAAUGAAGUCUUGCUCUUUUAAGUGACAAAUUUUUUUUACACUAUAAAAUAAUUUCCUCACUCUUUACUCAGUUUGAAACCUCUUGGAAAUGUUAGUAUUUUAAUGCAUAAAUAUACUUAAUAAUUUUCAAGAGGUACAGUUCUGUAGCACAGAGAGAGCUCCUGAUGCUGACCUUAGAUCUUGGUUGUAUGCCACAGUCUGCUUGUUGUUAUAAAUACACUCCUUACUGUAAUACUUGUGGAGAUAUUCAAUAGUAGUUAACUCUGUACGGACCCACUGCAUCAGGGAAUCUCAGCUUCUGCUGCAUACCCACUCAGCCUCUUGCAAAUGAGGAAAUGUUUUAAUUUUACCCAAAUUCUUCACUAAAACCAUAAUUUGUCUGGAAGAUAAAUUGAGAGGUGCAUCAGACUGCUGGCUAGCAAGUUGUGUGCAGACCUGUACAGUGUUGAAUGAAUUUAAAGGUGCAGCUUAGGAAAUUUAGGUUACUGGUUUAAUGUGUUACUGCAUUGGAACCGAAGUUUCACAACUUCCAGUCUCUGGAAACUUAGUACUGCAGGAAGCUGUGCUUGCUCACAUGAUCCCAGAAGGAAAAUCAUUGAACUGACCUGUUUUUAUUACUGUCUGGAUUUAGCUGCUUGACUUAACACGUUCAGUCCCAGUGUGUGUGUGUAUAUAUAUAUGUGUGUGUGUGUGUGUGUGUGUAUAUAUAUAUAUAUAAAACCAUGGAUCUUAUGAGACUGAACAUAGUAAGCAAGGAACCUCAUUACUUAAGUGUGUGUCUGUUUAUACACAUAUAUAAGCUUAAAUAUUUUAGUAAAUAUGUGUGUAAACAUACCUGUGGGGAACUUAAAAUGAAUAAAAUUAACUGAAUUUUUCCAAUCUGUACCUUUGAUUAUGCUAGGAUUACCUUGACUGGCAUCAGAAAGAAAAUUUGUUCUUCAGAAUGGGGUGUGUGGGAAUUUUUGUUAGCUAAAUGACUAAAAAAUAUGAGCUAUUGGGAAAAUAAAAUGGACUUUAAAAUGGUGGAAGAGGGUCUGGUGGUUGGACAUUCUCAAGUGAGAUAUUCCCACCUCUCUGCAGUGCUCCAGAAGUAUGACUGAGGCAAGCUGAAGAUACAUUCCAGAAAUCGGGAUAUUCUAGUUUGUACAGUAGCAGGCUGCUGUUUUAUUAUUAUUAUUUUUCUUUCUUUGCACCAAAAGCAGCAUCUGCUCUUAGUUUUACUGAUCUUUCUGUGCAACAAAAUUAAUUUUCAGUUAGUUUCAGACUAUUUUAUUUUUUCUUACAUGUCAAGCAAUGUUCAGUUGCUUACAAAUUAUUUCUGUGAUCCCAUCUACUGUGUCAGAUAAUUAUACAGUUGGUUGAUUUGGAGAGGAAAUAAAAAGAGGAGGGGAGAGGGAGUUCGACUGUAGUAUGACCUAAUGCCCUUCUGAUCUGCGGUCAUAGAGAAAAAUUUAAUUUGUUUUUUAAACCACAUUGGCUGGUUCUCUCUGUGUUUGAUUAAAAAAAAAAUAAAAAUUCUUUCUGCCUAUCAGUGAACCUGUUUGUUAUAGUUGAGAUCUGCCUGAAACAGUCCACAAAACAAAGGAGAGGAUGAGAAUCACCACACUAGGCUACAUUCCUGACUAGGUGACCCUGAAAUAUCCAUUUUCUUGAGAAUGCUACUUUGAAGAUCAUAAGGUCGUUAAAUACUUAUCUUUCAUCCACUGAGAAGAUUGUUUUUCUUAACUUAGUUUAAUCCUUUGGGUUUUUCUCAAAAAUCUUUAUUUAAAGUAUUUAAAUGACCUCCUAAUACUGUACUGAAAAUUAAAAAUAAAAAAUAAACACAUUCCAUGUUGAAAUCUCA